AUGCCGCCCCCGCCGGCGGCGCCGCCCGGGGAGGACCCUCCUCCGUGGGCGGCGCCGCCGGAGUUCUUCCCCUUCGACGGGGAACGAGGAGGAGGCUCCUUCCCUCCUCGCAUGGAGUUGAAGCCGGAGGGAGUCUUCAUGGACGAGGCGGCGUUUGGCCCAGUAGGGUUUUGCUUGCCGGAUCACCUCCCGCUGCUCCAAGGCCCCCUUCUCGGAGAUCUCCGAGAUGGGUUCUUCCGGCGGGAGGAGGCGCCGAUGGCCCCAUGGGGAACCUUCCCUCCGCAGCCGCCGCCGCCGGGGGACGCCACCGUCGGGAGGGGCUCCGCCAGAAAGGCCAAGAGGAUGAUCAAGAACAGGGAGUCCGCGGCGAGAUCUAGAGCGAGAAAGCAGGUACUCUUACUCUGUCUCUCUCUUCAUAUGGGUGAUGUAUGAGAGAGAAAUUUUGGGAUUUUGUAGGCUUACACCACCCAGCUUGAGGAUGAGAUCAAGCGUUUGAAGGAACGGAAUUUAGAGCUCAAGGAGAACCUGGUAAUCAAUCUUCACCCCGCUGUCUCCAGCCCUCCUUUUCUUCUCUCUCUCUCUCUCAUCUGGGUUUUCUAUGGCUUUGGAACUGCUUCUCAGAAAAACCCUGAUUUGAUACUUGUCAGCUCCUGCUGAAGAUACCAGACGAGGACCUCGCGCCACCACCGCCGCCGGAGAAGAAGCCUCAGCGGAGCUCUUCGGUGGGAUUCUGA